AUGGUCGACUUUAUCAAACCAAGGAUCCUCGCUGAAAGUCUGGAUGGGAUAGCGACAUAUCCAGUAUUUUGCUCUAUUGACGACCUUGUCAAACAUCUGCAGAUUGGAGCCUUUACUCUUUUCUUGCUGGGGUGGAGCCUGGACAACCGGUGCUUUUAUGUGUUGGUCUCACUGAGUGUCCCCUCUCUCCUCCUCCUCUCUCCUCCUCUCUCCCCCUCUCUCCUCCCCUCCCCUCCUCUCUCCUCCUCUUUCCUCCUCUCUCCCCCUCUCUCCUCCUCUCUCCCCCUCUCUCCUCCUCUCUCAGAGCCGCUCCGAGCUCUGUCCGCGCAUCUCAGCACCAGCGCGCCGCCACAAUGGAUCUACCCGCCUAAGCCUUUUGAGAGGAGCGGGAAAGCGGACGGCUACUGCAGUCGGAUACUCCGGGCUCAGAGCAGUAAGAAAGAAACCAACAAUGAAUUUCGCCUCCGUGUGGAAGGAGAGCCAGAGAGUUACCAGCCGGGAAGCACUUACAGAGUGACUUUAACUGCGACUAGCUCCUCUUACUUCAGAGGAUUCAGCCUCAUCGCUCUGAAAGAGGGAGCCGAGGGAGACAAAUAUGAAGACUAUAUUGGGAAUUUCCAGAUCAUUGAUGAAGAAGAAACACAAUUUAUGACCAACUGCCCUCCCGCUGUCACAGAAAGCACUCCGCGAAGACGCACCACUAUACAGGUCUUCUGGACUGCGCCCCCUAGUGGCUCUGGAUGUGUUUCUCUCAAGGCCAGCAUCGUGCAGAAGCGAAUUAUUUAUUUCCAGGAUGAAGGUGCUCUUACAAAGAGACUGUGUGAAAAAGAGCCAUUACAUGGAGAGGUGACAGAUAGGCCUCUGCCAGACUGCUGCGCUUGUGGAACAGCCAAAUACAGAGUCACCUUCUUUGGGAACUGGUCAGAGAAGAUUCAUCCUAAAGACUAUCCACGUCAUGCAAACCAUUGGUCAGCCAUUAUUGGAGCGUCCCACUCUAAAAACUAUGUCCUUUGGGAAUAUGGAGGCGUGACCAGUGAAGGGGUCAAACAAGUGGCAGAGCUGGGGUCUCCCGUCAAGAUGGAGGAAGAGAUCAGGCAGAAGAAUGCCAGUCCAGUCACAUUGUACUGCAGGGGCUUCAAAGUUGAUUAA